UUCUUCUGUCUACCUGGCAGAAGUUCUGGAAAUUCGUUGAUAACAUGUUAUCAUCAAAAAAAAUGAAUCGAUCGUUUUCAGUAUCCGAGUUGAAAUUGGAACGGGCAAAUAAUGAGCGAUGUAAAUGAGCAUGAGGAUAACGAACGUUCACCGUUGUUAAGUAGUGAAAGAUCAACAAUUACUCCAAAUUAUGAAGGUGUUCCAAAUCAAGGUACAGAAACUAUUAUAUCGGAUGAGCCGGAGGAAUAUGUUAGCCAUGAAGAAGAACAUCAUACUGUACCACAAAUACAGCAAACAGUUUCGCCUGCUUCCGGAGAAUCAAGCGAAGCAUCCAGACAUACCGGUCCAACCGUUGCAUGCCGUGUGUGCUUAGCUACAAUUGUUAUCGAAGGCAAGACUAGACAACAUGUAGUGAAAUGUAAUCACUGUAAUGAAGCAACACCAAUUCGUGCCGCACCACCUGGUAAAAAAUAUGUACGUUGCCCGUGCAACUCUCUUUUGCUCUGUAAAGCUUCUUCAAAUCGUAUUGCAUGUCCACGUCCCAACUGCAGACGUGUUAUCACAUUAGGUGGUAGUGCACCGGUUGGUACGGCUGUAAGAGCUCCAGCUGGAACAUGUCGAGUUCUGUGUGCUCAUUGUCAAGAAAUUUUCAUGUUCAACACACUUAAUGUUACCGUCGCGAAAUGUCCACAUUGUCGGAAAAUUUCAUCAGUGGGUCGUGAUUAUGCUCGUAAUAGAGCAGUCUUUUUCGUCAUUUGCUCCUUGUUAUUCGUAAUAGCUGCACUUGGUUUAAUGAUAGGCACAUGGCAUUCAGCGAAAUCUGCACCUUUCAUCUAUUUCACAUGGUUGUUUGUCAUUGCUAUUGCAUUGUUUUUUUCUUCCGUUUCGCAUAUUUUGUAA